CACUUUCACAGAAGGUAAAGGGAAAAUCACUUGUUCAUAUCCCAAAGCAUUGAGCUGAAAGCCGUCAACAUGUUCAGGUUUUCUCUAAUAGUCUGUGUUUAUCUGAUAUUUGGCAUCAGUGCAAAGCCAUAUAAAUCCUGGAAUAAACACACAGAUGAAGCGUUCCAGGAUACGGUUGUGUCCUUAGAUGACAAAGGAAGGAUGUCCUGGGGAGUGGAGGUGGAGCCUCCUGAGGACAUGGAUGAGACUCAAUAUGACAUCGACCCUCGCAUGAUGAUUCGGAAGAGUAUGACAGCCGGUGGAGAGGACAAAAAGCCCCUGAAGGCAGAAGAAGACAUGGAUGAGCUGUACCAUCCUUCAAUGGUUGAUCUCCUCAAUGGUCAAAUCCAAAGCCUGGAUGCCCUCCCCGCUGCUGACAUCCGGACAGAACCCUGGCAGGAAUAUGCCAACAUGAAGAACCAUCAGCAACCAGAGGAGGAUAAAGACGACGUCGACCACCCUGGUUUCAGUAUGGUGGACCCAGACGAGCCUGAGCAGGACUGGGAUGAAGUCUACAACAAAGCGAGGGAGGAGCUGGAUGUAUAUCUGGCUCCACUAAUGUCUGGAUACAUCGCUGGUGCAGAGGUUCGUGUUGCACACUCUGAACCGGAGAAGGAUGAGGACGAGCUGUAUCACCAUGACGACCAGGGUUCACCUGUGCAGAUGGAGCUGCUGAGCCGUGAGGUCAUGGGUGAAAGUGAGGUCAGAGUUCACCUUCAGCCCGAGGAGGACAUGGAUGACCUGUACCACAAAGAUCCCCUGAAGCUCAACACUCACCAAGAUGAUGCUAAAGCUGGCGCUCCUGUUUAUUUACCAUUUCAGAGGAAGCACAGCGAACCAGAGGAAGAUCUGGACGAUCUCUACCACCAAUGAUCCUUCAAUAACUCAUCCUGUGUAGAUUCCUAUUAUUUCAGAUCAGACACAUAGCUGA